AUGUACGCGGAUCUCGCAGGUUUCGCCUGUAUCCUUGUGUCGUUGUUCGCAGUUCACGGCCAUUACGUGCAGUCGAUAAUCAACAUCGCGAACUUUACCGAACUUUGGUUACACGCCGAGGAGCAUCUGUUAGCAUUGCGGAAGUGGAACGGAACAGAAGUGGCUAACGUCAUCGACUUCCGGUUGUGGACGUACAACGGCACGUUAACAGGAUGCGGACUCCAAUACCGCGCGGUCGGCAACGAAAGCCACGUCGGGUCCGUGUACUUCCCGAAAGUCGGGGAACACCAGUGCGGCGACGAUCUGUACACGAUGCGCACGACACCGCCCAACAGGGUGUACGCGGACCGAGUGCGGCUGGCCCCGGGCGAGCAUCCGGUACAGAUCGAACUUAUCGCCGACGGGUUCGAAGACACGUACGUGGACCGUCUGUGCGUGGGAUUUUCGGGCGCAGGUUACCGGCCCCGGGCGUUUUGCGUCGACAACGAACUGUUGAGGGCGUGCAAGCAGCUGACCGACAAUUGGAAAGCCAUCGACCUGGACAGGACGUCCGUGCUACUAAACCAAAAGACGAGAGGCACGGAGAAGAUGAUAUUCCGGGACGUGGAAUCGCUGGCCGCAGGACUGGAAAGACUAGCCCGGAACCGGAACGAUGGCGAAACGAGAUGGGCCGUGUGCGGCCGGAUAGAUUUGAUCAGAGGCACUGUGAACGACGAACUCGCUAACCAUCACUGUAUCGCUGAAAAAUCCAAUAUCCGGUACCACAUGUCAAACUACAUGGUACCGUACAGCACUUCCGAAAUCAAAACCGAAAGUAAGGAUCCGAAUAAAUGUUUUCCUGUGGUCUAA